AUGCCUUUCUUCGGGAGCCUCUCCGAGUUCAUCGCCAGCUUGUCACCGCGUCGCCAGCAGCCCGCCGAUCGCCAAUCGCAGCACCAACAGCCCUCACACCGCAGCAAUCCACUCUCCACGCGCCGUUCACCCUCCCCGACUCCAGCUGGGCCUCGGCGCCGCAUAAAUUUUGACCGGCAUCAGCUCCCUCUUACCUCGGAUCUUGAGAGAAAUCAUCACAGCCCGCGCCAUAUUCGCUUCUCGCCGCACUCGGCCCGGGACCAAGAUAUUGGUGUUAAUGAUCAGAGUUAUGCCAGAACUUUUUCUACAACAGACGGACCUGCAGCCACUCGUGGACAAUUGCGGUCUUCACCUCUCCAGUCUAUCAUAGACUCCACCGCCCCGUUGGGUGACGCACCGCAGAUGUCAAAUCAGGAUUCAAAACGAAAUGGAGCCCAGGAGGAGGAUCGAAGGGCCGAGGCUCGCUUGUUGGGUUCGGGCUCGAGAGUCAAGGAUAAAAAUGCCGUGAAGAUUAAACCCGGUGCUUCGAUGCUGAACCGGAAUAAAAACCCCGGCUCAAAUGUGGCAUUUCGAGCGUACGACGGAAUAUCUAGCAAUUCACGCGAGAGUGGACCAGUACGUGCACGGGGCAAGGCAAACAAGCCUGUCCCUAAUAGGGACUUACCAGUUUUGGAAGAUGCGUUUGAACCGUCCAAUCGACCAAACAAGAGGCGACGUCAAGAUGGGGUUAGUGAAUUUCUCGACAAGGGAGUGAAUGAUCCCCUCUCUCCACCAACACAUUCACUUUCUCGACUCUCACCCGAAUCAAGCCAAUUUUCCACAAAAUCAAAGAACCAUGCGCUCCCUUUUCGGCAGGGUGAAUAUCGUGAAGUGGAGAACAGUGUUCGGGUCUCUCAUAAGAGCCCCCGUGCUCGUCGACAACAAAACCGCCAGACUUCGACCUCUACACAAUCUCCCGACGAAAGGUUUACUGCUCAAGCAACUGAACAACGACGCUCCAAAGCAGGCAAUAUGGAGUCUCCCAAUGCGAAAUCAGGAACCAAAGGGCUGGCCCCGUCUGUUCUUGAUGCCGUUGAGAUACCAAUUUUGAAGGAAAAGACUGCUGCUCCAACAAAGCCCACACAGUCUGUUUCGGUCAACAGGAAUGGACUGAAACGACGAUCCGAUUCUGAAAGCUCAGACGAACUCCAGGGUGAAGUUACAACCCAGCCUAUCCCAACGAAUAUUGAUGAGAGACAAACUCAAGCUCGACUCGCAACCAAAGAACAUUCUGUAUCUCCGGACCGAAGUUCACCCACAGACAUUGUGCCUACCAACUUUACAGGAUCAAAGAAGAAGGCCAAACGAAAGCACAACAACUCAGAUGCAACCCGACUUCGACUUAAUAUCAUACAUCUGCAAUGUGGCUGUGACGGCACAAAAAGCUAUGUCAAUGACAGCAAGACCACCAUUUAUAUCAAUCACGAUCAUCAGAAAAUCGAAAUUGAAGAUGACAUCCUCGGCACGGGGGCGCCGGUUUCAAUUGAAUUCCGCAAAGUGGUCAGAAUCAUACACGGAAAGGAUCCAAGUCCCAAAUUGUGUCUAUUCUUGUCGAAAGGUGCCUCACCACUGGGUGAAAAUGUCGACAUGGAGUUUUCAAAUUGUCAAAUGAAAAACCAGUUUAUUAGCUCUUUGAAUCUCAAGCCGAUCGUGACUCUUGAGAAGAAGCCGUAUGUAUUACUACAAUCUUUCUUUGGUCUGAAGGCGACUAACUGGCGAAGCAGGGAUUUCAUGGACAAAGUUUUUGCAAAUCAUAAUGGUAACUUUGACAGGGCUUUUCAAAACCACAAGCUUGAAGCUCAAAAACAUCAUCAUCCCAAAAGACCUCUGCCGGAUCUCGACUCGAUUUCAGCACCUCCUGCAAGAUCAUCUACACGUCAGAAGGUUUCGUCCAGCCUGCAGGGCUCGGUCGAUGAGCCCGGCAGCAAGCGAAUGAAACAUGAUUUUUCUUCCAUUGCAAAAACAGGGGAUGGUACCACGGAAACGCGAGCUCAUGAAAGUGGCGGGAAGCCUGACCCGAACGCUGGCGUUGAGAUUCCUGUCAAAAAGUCUUAUGGGACCCAAGCUCCAUCUGAGCGAGAAACACGAUCAACACGACGGACAUUCACCGAUGCCAGUGUCGACAGUCACCAUAGCCAAUUCACCAAAAAACUUCUACAGGCAGAAGACGAAAAUCGAGAGAAAUGGAAGAAGCCAAUGGUCUAUCCUCGAAUUGGGAAGAAGCGUGCAGAGGUCAGCGUUGAGGAUCGAGACCGCCUGCGUGAGGAUGAAUUCUUGAACGAUAAUCUUAUCGGUUUCUAUCUGCGCUUCCUGGAGGAUCACCUUCAACGCACAAACAAGGAUGUCGCGGAACGAACUUACUUCUUCAAUUCUUACUUUUUCGCAACACUCAAAAAAGGUCGUGGAAUCGAUUACAGUGCCGUUGAGAAAUGGACUCGCAACAUCGAUCUCUUCAGCUAUGACUAUAUUGUCGUCCCCAUCAACCAAGAUGUGCAUUGGUACGUUGCGAUCAUUUGCAAUUUGCCGAGUCUGGAUCUUGCUUCUGCUGGCCCUGUGGACCAGUCCUCUGCUCUUGUGAGCGACAAAGAAGUCUCGACUCAGCCUGAAAGUGAGGUGCAUGAAAUCCCAGAGUCUCCAGAGCCUGAGCCGGUUUCGGCUGCAACGAAUACCACUACAGACGCACAAGAAGCAUGUAAGUCUAUGACUUCUGCAACAAUUGUGGAAGAGGAAAAUUCAGCAGCCACUGAAGAGGUGGAUACCUCAACACCAGGAUCCAAAGAAAAGAUGCAAGACAAUUCUUCGCCUGGUUCUUGGCCUGACGGCGCAGAGAACAUAGCUUCGCCGCCCCCAAAAAUCCCCGGUAUGCGUUGGGAUCGAACAGAUCCCACUACUGCUGCCAGCCAGUUUAGUCCCAAGACCAACAAGAAAGGAAAACCUGGUCUUGAAUUGCAGCCAAGUCCCCCAAUCAUCAUCACCUUCGACUCCCUUGAUAUGUCUCGUUCACCAACCAUCAAACAUUUACGUGACUACAUUUGUUUGGAAGCUGCAUCGAAGCGUGGCGUCGAAGUCGACCCCAAGGAAAUCAAGGGCAUGCGCGCUCGACAAAUCCCACUUCAGCCGAAUUUCUCCGACUGUGGGCUUUAUUUGCUUGCAUACAUCGAGAAGUUCGUGCAGGACCCUGACAACUUUAUCACGAGAGUGCUGCAGCGUGAUAUGGAUGCGCAGGCUGACUGGCCUCCCCUCGGAUCUGGUAUGCUCCGAAUCCGGCUUCGCAAGUUCUUGGAUGACAUGUAUGAAGAACAGAAGAAACAGGACAGCCGCUCGGUCAUGGCUGAUCAGCGACGUGUCUCGUUUUUGCUGGGACAGGAAGAUGAUGAGGAGGACAAAGAAGAAGAGCGACAGCCAACGAGCCCUGAUCGGCCUGAGAAUUCUAAAAUGAUCCAGGAGAACCAUUAG